AUGGAGCCGAUCUAUGAUAAUCGCGUAUCAGUAAAAAACAAAUUAGGUUUCAUUGACGGAUCUAUUGAGUGUCCCACCAGUGAUCAUCUACCGGCAUGGAUUAGCAAUAACCAUGUGGAGCAGCAAUCGGUGAGUCUAUACUUCACCAAGUUGAAGACUGUUUGGGAUGAAUUACAUCAAUUUCGUCCCGUUUGCACUUGUACUUGCACAUGUGGUGGUGCUAAGUCCGUUUCUGAGUUUCUACAACUGGAAUACAUUAUCAAUUUGCUCAUGGGACUCGAUGAGUUCUACGGUUCAACUCGAGCAGAGUUAUUAUUGAUGGAUCCGCCGCCAUCUGUUAAUAAAGCUUUAUCAUUAGUUCGACAGGACGAGCAGCAAAGAUCGAUUGGCACCUCAGCUACGAUUCCUACUGCUCCUUCCUUUGCACUGGUUGCUCAACACUCUGCAUCUAAACCACCUUCGAAAGCCACUAAUUAUGUGAUGAAUCAGAAGUUACAUGGAUAUCCGCCUGGCUAUCGAAGUGGUCAGCGAUUUUCACCUGGAUCUCAGAAUCCUGGUGCUUCGAAGUCUUCUGAAUUCUCUGCCCUAGCCGCUUCACAUGCGAAUUCUCAUGCUAUUAGCCACUACCAACAACUUUUUCAAUUACUUCAAUCUCAGCUUUCAACUGGCAAAUUUGUUGCUGACACGGACACUACUACCUCUUACACAGUAGAUACUGAUACUCAAUCUUUGAUCCUCGAUUUUGGUGCAUCUGCACAUAUAUGUGGUUGUCGCAAAUUGUUUGAUAAAAUACACAAGAUUUCUCCUGUCCAUGUUAAUCUGCCAAAUAAACCUCGAUUUGUGGUUGAAUACUCUGGUUUUGUACGGUUAUCUGAUCAUCUGUCUAUACAUGGUGUUUUAUACAUUCCUGAGUUUUAUUUCAACCUCAUCUCAGUUAAUGUAUUGUUGAGGGACAUGCCUUCUCUAUCAGUAGAAUUCACUAACGACACUUGCAUUAUCCAGGACAAGUCCAUUUCGAAGACGAUUGAUAAGGGUAGAUUGUGUCAUGGCCUUUACCUACUUGACAAUACUUCAGAAUGUUCCUCUACUGUACAGUCUAUUUGUGUUUCUGCUUUUACACUUGUUUCAUUUGAUGUUUGGCAUAAUCGUCUUGGUCAUCCAUCCUUUACUAGAUUACCAGCUUUAAAGAGUGUGUUACCUGUUGAUAAUUGUUCAUUGGAGGAUUUUCUUACUGAUUCAUGUGAUUUCCCAUUUUUGGAAUCCUCGGGUAAUGAUGUAUCAGUUAACCCUUUUCCAGACUUGGUUUUGCCAAAUGUCAUUGAUUUUCAAAUUGAUAUGCCUGCUGAUCAUAUUGAUAUGACUAAUGCUGAUAUCGAUAUACCAGCUGUUGUACCUACUACUAUCAUUUCCCCUACUGUUCCCAUUGAGCCAUGUGCUCCUGCCACUGUGCCUAGUGCUGAUGGGUCUUCAUCCACGCCAGUUGUGUCUGAACCUAUGCCUAACACAGCACCUAGUGUGUCUACACCUAUGUCUAACACAGGAUCUUCGAUUGUACCUUUGGAUAUUGUCCCUCGGCGUUCUACUAGGCCUUCCAAAAUGCCUUCAUAUUUACAGGAUUUUCAUUGUAGUCUUUUGACUAACUCUUUGCCAUCUCCCGCUUCUACAAGGCAUCCCUUACAGCAGUAUUUAUCAUAUUCACGGCUUUCUUCUGCUCAUUGA